AUGCCUGCUGCCAAGAAGAAUAAGAAAGAAGAAAAGGAAGCUGCUAGUGCUUCUGAAGAAGAAACACCAAGUACUGAAAAAACUACAAAGGGUGUGAAGAAACAAAAGAAGGUCAAAAAGCCAAGCGAUCCAGAAAAGAAGAUUUCCUGUUCAAUUGAUGCUUCAAAUAUUGUCACUGGUACAAGAAGAAGAGCCAAUAUUGACUACAAGAAGGGAGAAGCAACCAAGUCAUCUAGAACAAGUAAUAACUCUCACGAAAAGAGACAAAAAGCAGCUGACGCUCCUAAGAAGAAGAGAGGUGGUGGUAAGAAAUCAACAAAGAAAGAAGAAAAGAAGGACGAAUAA